GUUCUUGAUCCGGAACUCGUCCAGGAAUCCCGGAAGAGGUAGCUCACGCGCGAGAAGUGUGUUCGGUACACCGUCGUGGAGAACACAAAGGCGUGAGUAAGGCGGAAGAAAGGUGUUCUAGAUGCUCUCUAAAUCCUUGGUUAUGGAAUAUUUGGCUUACCCUGGUACACUCAGCUUGGCUGCUGGAGUUGCUUGUGGCAUGUUUUUGGGCUGGGGCCUCCGUGUACGCUUUGGGAUGAUCCCUAAAAGUUCUGUGAGCAAGACAGAUGCAGAGACCGGAACUGAAGCAAGCAUCUUAGGAGAGAAUGGGGAAUAUAAAAUGAUUCUUGUGGUUCGAAACGACUUAAAGAUGGGAAAAGGAAAAGUGGCUGCCCAGUGCUCUCAUGCUGCUGUUUCUGCCUACAAGCAGAUUCAAAGGAGAAACCCUGAAUUGCUCAAACAGUGGGAGUACUGUGGCCAGCCCAAAGUGGUGGUCAAAGCCCCAGAUGAAGAAACUCUGGUUGCACUGUUGACACAUGCGAAAAUGCUUGGACUGACUGUAAGUCUAAUCCAAGAUGCUGGACGUACUCAGAUUGCACCAAGCUCUCGAACUGUCCUAGGAAUUGGACCAGGGCCAGCAGAACUAGUUGACAAAGUCACUGGUCACCUAAAACUUUACUAGGAAGAAUUUUGUACGAUGAUGGUCCCAUUACCAUGUUUUAAGUUGUCAAACAAUAAAUGCUGAAUUUCUCCCAAUGUAUGUAUUUUUGAGAUGAUAAUUCAUUCCUGUCCAGUCAUGUGCUUGGCAGUUACCUUGGGGUUUUGAAAAGUUGGUGAAAUGGUCAUGACAGUUUUGACAGGUCAUGACAAAACUAAAUGGGUG